AUGCUAUAUGUUCUUCACGAGAUCCACAACAUCUUAGAGAAAAGAGCUCAAGUUGACACUGUCUAUCUUGAUUUCGCGAAAGCUUUUGAUAACGUCAGCCAUGAUCUCUUACUCGUGAAGCUUCACAACUUUGGCAUCAGAGGAAAUCUUCUUCGCUGGUUCGGGGACUAUCUUUCUGGGCGAUUACAGAGAGUUACUGUUCUUGGUGUAACAUCUGAACCACUUCCAGUGCUAUCUGGAGUUCCUCAGGGAUCAAUCCUUGGACCACUCCUUUUCCUUAUUUAUGUGAACGAUCUUCCCAAGGCUACCUCAUUCGAUACUACCGUGACAAUGUUCGCUGACGACACCAAAUGCCACCGCCCUCUUCGAAAUCUCCAAGACACCAAAAUUCUGCAACAAGACCUGGAUAAGAUUACCAACUGGUGUCAUGAUUGGAGGAUGGAUUUAAAUCAAACCAAGUGUGUAGUCAUGCAUUUUUCCCGAAUUCUUCGACCGACGAUCACACAGUACACUCUAUCAGGUACUCCAGUCCAACAAUCGUCCAGUCAAAAAGAUCUUGGCAUAAUUACCACUAGCGAUCUGAAAUGGAACAAGCAGGUGCAAGAGAUAUCGACCAAAGCUAACAAAAUGUUAGGUUUCGUCAAGCGAACAGCGUUCGAUAUUCGGCAGCGACAACUUCGUAAGGUUCUUUACUUGACUAUGGUCCGUAGUCAGCUGGCUUAUGGUAGUCAAGUGUGGGCACCCCAGACAGUCAACAACAUCAUGAUCGUUGAACGUGUGCAGCGCCGUGCCACUAAAUUUAUUUUGUCAUUGCCAUACCAAACAGACAUCUCGUACAAGGAACGAUUGAUCACCAUCGGCAUCAUCCCUAUAUGUUACUGGCAUGAGUAUUUGGAUCUGGUGUAUCUGUACAAGUGCAUCAUUUCUAACUCUGACAGAAACAUCUCCAUCAAGACUCCUGCUCGAGAAACACGAAAUACCAACGCAACCAAUGGCAUUUUACUCGAAGUAGCCAAGUACAAGACAGUGAGCUAUCAAAACAGCUUCUACGUCAGAGUUGCCAAUGUGUGGAACACACUCCCCUACUUGAUCAGAGAAGCCAACAAAACUGUGGUCUUUUUUAAAUUUUGUUUAAUGAAACAUUAUAAUAAUCUCACUAAGGAAAUUUACAAUCCCGAAGAUCCGAGAACAUUUAAGUCUGUUUGUGUGAAGUGA